AAUCGCGACGAUGCCUGAUCCACCUGCACCAAAGGUAGCCAGGAAGGGCGCCAAGAAAGCGGCGAGCAAGUCGACCGGCAAGAAGGACAGAAAGAGGAGAAGGCCCAGGAGGGAGAGCUACGCCAUCUACGUGUACAAGGUGCUUAAGCAGGUCCACCCCGACACCGGCAUCUCCUCCAAGGCCAUGGGCAUCAUGAACUCGUUUGUCAGCGACAUCUUUGAGCGCAUCGCCGGUGAGGCCUCCCGUCUGGCUCACUACAACAAGCGCUCCACCAUCACUUCCAGGGAGAUCCAGACCGCCGUCCGCUUGCUGCUGCCCGGUGAGCUGGCCAAGCACGCCGUGUCUGAGGGCACCAAGGCCGUCACCAAGUACACCAGCUCUAAGUAGACACUGCUGCUGCCUCCACUACUCAACCAACGGCUCUUUUAAGAGCCACCCACUAUAUCUUUAAGAGCAAAGUUGGCUGAUUCCUACUUCAAAUUAUUAAUACAUUGUUGCUUGUGCUGCUAAAGCCUGUACCAGGUAAUAGUUACAGCAGAUUAUGAGAAUUUUUAGGAACAAAUGGAAUCAAUUGGAAAUGCGUAGCUGUACUACACUGUGUCAGUUACAACUUAUGUAUAUAUACUUUUUUUUUUUUUUUUUUUUUUGAAAAUAUAGUCACAUCAAAUAAAACUACAACUAGCUGUGA